ACUACAAGCUAUUUCUAUAUUAUACGGCACGGUAAAAUCAUAUAGUUUUGCUCGCAUGUAGUGUCUCAUGGCUCACCUAUAGUUACUAUAGCUGAUGCCAUACUCGAUGAAGAGGCGCCCACAGUAUGGAAAAAGAAAAAGGAAACCAAGCAGGGCUAGGAAACUGGGAGCUCAUGACGCACCGCCAUGGAUAUGAACGCCACUCCACUCUCAACGUGAAGGCAGCCUAAUGCAACUUCACAUUCCUUUCUCUUACAUCAACUAUACGGUCUGUGUAUCAUAUAUAAUGCUUCGUAGACCCUCGCAUCACUCUUUACGUUUUCAGUGUUCCGUCAAACGUCUCCAGCAUCUAAGCGCCCGGCUUGACGCUAGAUAGCUACGCCUGCCAACAGGGGAGUUGUAUUCUGUCAAAGGUCAUACUUUACCGUUGCGUUUCUCUCACAAGUUUGUACUUCCACUCAUCUGCCACCCUUCAAACUUGGUUAUCUACACCUGCCAUGGCACGAUCAAGCAAGAGUGGCCAGUCAUCCGGCUUAGGCGACUCGUGGGCAACGGAGGAGUAUCACGAUGAUCUAGACGCUCAUAUCAGCAGUGGAAGUAGUUUGGAAGCAGAUACGACUGAUGACCUUGAGGGCGAGUCCGAAGAAGAGAUCCAGACACCUCCGCGUUCUUCAAAGAGGGACUCGCGCAAUAGUCGUACUCCAGGCUCUGGUAAGGGCAAAGCGUCAGCUCUCGGUACGACCCAGACUCUACAGUCAAAGAAUGCCACGCCCAUCAGGAAAUCAUACCGCGUUAGCCCCAAGUCAAACUCAGUGGAGCCAUUGCAGUCGUUCAUAAUGCCUUCUAUGAGCGAGGAUCAGCCUGGCAGCUCCUGGAUCAAAGCCUCCGCGAACAAUGCUACUAGGUCGCCCAGACGGAGGACUGCCGCGACCCCAACACAUUCUUCGGCUCGAAUGCGAAAAUCAACAAGUAUCAUGGAUAAUUCACGUCGAAAGGCUUUCAGCCAUUCCACCGGAUCACCACGACGUCCGUCAAAGAUCCGCCACGAACAGCGUGACCCAGCACAGCCAUUUCUAAUUCUUGGUUAUAUCUGUUCUACUAUGAAACCUCUCACAGACUUUGCACUGUCAGUAUUUGGCAUGAUGAUGGAAAUGCUGAAACCUCUGAUCGCCACCAUUGGUGUCGUACUGGCCCUAUACUUCUCCAUCAGAGCCGCCCAGUCCUCUCUUACCGCCGCCCUGGCCCCUAUGUGCGCCAUUCCUGGUGUCUCAUUCCUUCACCUGCCUUUCUGUGAGCAGAGAUCACAAUACCAGGCAUCUAUUGAGUUUGAUCAACUUGUCAAUGCCCAGUCCGCAUUCGAAGAAGUGUUGUCAUCUUCAACUGAAAUCGCCGGCCUCCCUUACGAUAUGAAACGGAGUGAAGCUUCUAUCCGCGACCUUCGCUCUGUGAUCCAGCAUUCAUCCAUCCCAUCGCGCAAUGAGCUCUCCUUUGAGUUUAGUAGCUUCAUCGACGCGGCUCGUCACGCCUCUGCCGACCUAACCAAAUUUGACACCCGUAUCGGAGGCGCUGUGGACAAGAUCAUAUCUACCAAUCGCUGGACCUUGCAAGUUCUUGGUUCUCUCCAGAACGAUGAAGCGUCCAAAGGCGCUUUGUCCCGGACCUUUAGUGCCAUAAAUCCUUUCAGCUCGUCUUAUAGCUCUCAGCACAAAAUUUUGACGCAGUAUCUGCGCCAUGCUGCCGCCGUCGAAGACCAAGUUAAUUCUGUCAUUGCCGAAGCUCAAGGUCUUCUACUCCUCCUCAAUAUUCUGGACGAGCGUCUCGAUACUAUUGCUUCGAUCGCCGCACGCGACGGCUAUACUGUUAAAGAUGCGCGUGAUGAACUCUUCUCCUCGCUCUGGACUAAACUUGGCGGCAAUACCUCCGCUCGCAAGAAGAUUGACGAGAAUCUCGGUUUGUUGCGUAGUGUGGGCAAUUACCAGAAAGUCGCGUGGCGUCAUGUCAGCGAGACGGUGGUCAAGCUACAGGAGAUCAGCGCGCAGCUAGAGGACUUACGCGAGAGGGUGGCGGCACCUGGACUUGUGGGUGUCAGAGCAGAUCUUCCGCUGCAUCUGCAUAUCGAGAACAUAUUGUUGGGUGUGGAGAGAUUGGAUGGGGUGCGUGGGGAGAACAGGCGGGUGCAGGGGGAUUUGUACCGCAGAAUGGUGGCGGGAGACAUUCCACUGGAGGGAGUAAAGGUGGUGGAUGCAGAUGUCGGAAAGCAGUCGUGGUGAAGACAUAAAGAUGAUAUGUUGCACUGCCUAUGCGGCGCUUGAACGGCUUUAGCAAUUCUAGUAUAGUGUUGAGCGAGUUCUUUCUAUAAAGCUCGAUGUCUAAGUUUUAUCCUAUAUUCUCGCC